UUGUUUACGUUUCAGUGUUUUUAAAACAGUGGUCAAAUUUUAAAAGAGAAAAUUCAUCGACAUUUACAGUUUACCAAUUGGUUAUUUUUGAAAUAUGUAUUAUUUAAUAUUGCGGUGCUGAAAACUACCUUAUAAAGUUAAAAAUCCUUUGCUGCCUGUUCUAUUGUUUAUUGAGUUGAUACUGGAUAGCGUGUUCUUCCGCCCAUGAAUUAAUCGUUGCUAUAAUAUUAUGGGUCUUUUCCAUAGGUGUGUAUGGUUUAAUAAUUAUGGGAAAAAUAUCAAAAAUGAACUGUCAACAGUUAAAUGAUUCAUGUGCCUUAACAUAAACAUUGUGUUUUGGUUCAUUGAAAGAUUAUAAUUCAAUGGAUUACGAGUUUAAAAUUAAGACGGGCAAUGAGAGAGCCAAAGUGGAAGAGCUGUUUGACUAUGAAGGGUGUAAAGUUGGAAGAGGUACAUAUGGUCAUGUCUAUAAGGCCAGAAGAAAAGAUGGGGAUAACAGUAAAGACUUUGCUUUGAAGCAAAUUGAAGGCACUGGAUUAUCAAUGUCAGCAUGUCGUGAAAUUGCUUUGUUACGUGAAUUAAAGCAUCCAAAUGUGAUAAAUCUAAUCAGAGUAUUUUUGUCGCACAAUGAUAGAAAGGUUUGGCUGCUCUUUGAUUAUGCAGAGCAUGAUCUUUGGCAUAUAAUUAAGUUUCAUAGAGCAGCAAAAGCAAAUAAAAAACCAGUAAUGGUUCCCAAGGGAAUGGUCAAAUCUUUACUGUUUCAAAUCCUUGAUGGAAUACACUAUUUACAUUCUAAUUGGGUUUUACACAGAGAUUUGAAACCAGCUAAUAUUUUAGUAAUGGGCGAAGGCCCCGAAAGAGGACGCGUAAAGAUAGCUGACAUGGGGUUUGCUCGACUUUUCAAUGCUCCAUUAAAACCACUAGCUGAUCUUGAUCCAGUUGUAGUUACAUUUUGGUAUCGUGCUCCUGAACUUCUAUUAGGUGCAAGACAUUACACCAAAGCUAUUGACAUUUGGGCAAUUGGCUGUAUAUUUGCUGAGUUAUUAACAUCUGAGCCCAUUUUUCAUUGUCGCCAAGAAGAUAUUAAAACAAGUAAUCCUUACCACCAUGAUCAAUUAGAUAGAAUUUUUAAUGUAAUGGGCUUUCCUCAAGAGAAAGAUUGGGAAGACAUAAAAAAGAUGCCAGAACAUCAAACUUUAAUGAAAGAUUUUAAACGAUCAAACUAUUCAAAUUGUUCUUUAGUGAAAUAUAUGGACCGUCAUAAAAUAAAACCGGAUAGCAAAGCAUUUCAUUUAUUACAAAAAUUAUUACUCAUGGAUCCAAACAAAAGAAUCACUUCAGAACAGGCUAAACAAGAUUCAUAUUUUCAGGAAGAUCCUACACCUACCUCAGAUGUGUUUGCUGGAUGUCCGAUACCAUAUCCUAAAAGAGAGUUUUUGACUGAUGAUGAUCAAGACGAUAAAGAUAAACGCCAACAAGCUACAAAUAUUUUUGCAUAUGAUCGUGGACGUUACUUAAUCGAUAGUUCUAACACUCGCAUUUAUAAUAAGAACAAUAGUAUCACGUCUAGAUUUGACAGUAUUACCCAGGACCAUCGUAAUAGCUUAACCAACAACGCUUAUGUUAAUAGUUUGCACGAUUGGCAUGGCUUAAGCCACACUACGCUAGAGGGUGCACAUUCUGAUCAGUCGGGUAGUCAUCAUAGUCAUCAGCAACAGCAUGCAGCUAAUCAAAAACGUAUGCGCAUGAAUGGGCUUGGCCAACAUCCUAGUGUCAACCCAGGAACAGUUAUGCCACCUACUGUUCAACAGCAGCAGCAGCAACAACAACAACAACAACAACAGCAAGUGCAGCAGCAACAACAACAACAACAGCAAGUGCAGCAACAGCAAGUUCAGCAACAACAGCAGCAGCAGCAACAACAGCAACAGCAACAGCAACAACAACAAGUGCAACAACAACAACAACAGCAGCAACAACAGCAACAGCAACAACAAGUGCAACAGCAACAACAAGUGCAACAACAACAAGUGCAACAACAACAAGUGCAGCAACAACAACCUCAACACCCACAGCAGCAACAACAGCAACCACAACAUCCUCAACAACAGCAACAACAACCACAACAUCCACAACAACAGCAGCAACAACCACAACACCCACAACAACAGCAACAACAACCACAACAACAGCACCAACAAGACUUCCAUCAUGUGCCUCAACACCAACAAAUGAUGUAUUCUCAGGUUAAUCCCAAUGGGCCAGGUCCUAAUUAUUCACAAAGGUUUUAAAUUAUUUAAGGUAAUUUUUGACCUAUUUGACUGAUAAAUUGUAUUAUUAUAUUAACCUUUAUCAAGUACAUAAAAAACUGAGCUAUCAGUUUAACUAAAUAUGUUUUGGCUAAUGAAUUUAUUCAAACCAUCUGGUUAAAUGUGUACAUUUGUUAAGUUCAGAUUAUACCAUAUUAUUUUUUUUUAAUAUAAUUAACUAACAUUUAAAUCCAUUCUAUUUUUUUUAUAAUGCGUAUUUAUGAAUUAUUUUACCAUUAAAAUGCAGAUAUUUGUGCUCUUUUAGUCCAAAAGAUAUUUAAAACUGUUGUGAUAAUGAAUUAUUAAUGAAUUAAUUUAUAUAUUACGUUAGACAUUGUAUAUGUACAUAAAAUUCGCAAUGUGGUAUUAAAGUCAAUUAUUUCUUG